ACCAUCAUCCAGCUUCUCCUUUUGAUGCUCUUCAUCCUCCAUCGACGGGCAGCGCUUCUGAAACAGUAAUAUAUCAUUGUCUUUAGCUGUUCUGGCUUCAAAUUUUUAGAUUUGAGCCGAGGAUAGCUUGCCGAUCAAGCAGGAAACCCCGCCGAGUAGAUGCUGUUAGAGUGGAUGAUGAACGGACACGCCAUUCUUUACACGGGGGUCACUUUGGCCUUCUGGACCACCAUACUAGUCGUUGGUAUCUGCUAUACCAUAUUCGACCUUGGAUUUCGCUUUGACGUGGCAUGGUUCCUCACAGAGACUUCUCCUUUCAUGUGGGCCAAUCUGGGCAUUGGCUUGGCCAUCUCUCUGUCCGUGGUUGGAGCUGCUUGGGGCAUCUACAUCACCGGCUCGAGCAUCAUUGGUGGUGGUGUCAAGGCUCCUCGAAUUAAAACCAAGAAUUUGGUCAGCAUCAUCUUCUGUGAAGCUGUAGCGAUCUACGGCAUCAUCAUGGCGAUUGUCAUCAGCAACAUGGCUGAGAACUUCAGUGGAACAACCCCAGAGACCAUCGGAGCAAGGAACUACCAAGCUGGUUACUCCAUGUUUGGAGCUGGGUUGACUGUGGGCUUUUCCAACCUCUUCUGCGGCAUCUGCGUUGGCAUCGUGGGCAGCGGAGCAGCACUGGCAGAUGCCCAGAACGCCAGCCUCUUCGUGAAGAUCCUCAUCGUGGAAAUUUUUGGCAGUGCAAUCGGCCUAUUUGGUGUCAUCGUAGCCAUUUUGCAGACGUCGAAAGUAAAGAUGGGAGACUAGGAGAUUCAUUCAUACGCUGAGAACACACUGCUGGAAAAUAAGAUGGAUUAUUGUGUAAAUACAUCGUAAAUUAUUUAAAUGUCUCUAUUUGCCUGGUAUUGUUUUUAACCAUCAUUCACGGAAGAGUGGUACAGUUGCUUUAAAGGUGAUGUUGUGUUUUUCAUGCACAUUCUUACUUGUUAAUACAAUAAACCAGCGAACACUGAAUCGCUCUCAACAUUUAAAGACCGGAUCAAGUCAUACAGGUUGGAACAUUUUCAUGAUGCUUUUUCUGACCUCUCUCAGUGAAUGAUAGUUAAAAAUCACACUAGAGUAUUUGAAAAUAUUUGUGUGUGUGCGUGUGUGUGAUUGCUGAACAUGUGGUCUUUUUUUUUUUUUUUUCUUCCUUGUGAAGCAUGAGCGUGUUUAUCACUGUGUUUAUUACUGUAGCCUGGUCUGUCAGAGGUUUUGUUUUCAUGUGUUGUCUUUUUUUUUUUUUUUUUAAACUUGUCUCUGCUAAUAAGAAAGUGGCCCUUAAAUCCACACUGUGGCCCAAUACAGUAUUUAGUCGGACCUCCUACUGUAGAAGUGAUGGAGAAUCUACGGGAUUUUGAAUUAGAGUUACUGGUCUGGAAGCAUGAGGAGUGUCACAGGACAGAUGGACAGACUAUUUGGAAGGCUGAAACAAGUCAGAUCACAGCAGCAUAUCUGCUCUGUCAUUCACUUCCUGUUCCCCAAAACGUCGUGGCAUUAAAUCCUCUACAUUUAGAACCCAUGAUCUGCUAGGUCAUAGCUCCCAGCCAGAACACUCCUAAUUUUUGAGUUCAGUUUUAACAAGGUUGUUAUCCCUUUUCAGCAGUUUUUAUGAGAACGAUAUGGACAAAAAGUGGAUUCUUCAGUGUUGACUAGCAUAAAAUACUAUAAGAGCUUAUUUCCCAAUGUGUUGUGCAUAAAGACCUGUCAGCUUA